UGUUGCUUAGCAUGGGGCACCGAGGGUUCAGUAAACAGAUUUCUCACACUCUCUCUCCUCCUCCUUGCACUGUCACAGACACAGUGUGUGCGUAUAGAGUGCAUGUAAUGGACGACUUGCCUGUUUAAGGCGAAGAAAUCUGGAAACAAGUUCCCUGAUAACCUGUCCCUGCCAUUUAUAUGAGAUGACUUCCAAAAUGUCAGUAGCUUAAUGGAAACCAUUGAUUCAGGUGAAAGAAUUAGAAAAACAAAUCCCUAACAAGAAACAGAAUGGAUCUGAGAGCUAAGCAUGGUCUGAUGUUGUUGGAACAGCUGAAUCGCAUGCGUGAAGCUGAACAGUUGACAGAUGUGGUACUAGUUGCAGAAGGCAUCAGCUUCCCAUGUCAUCGGUCAGUUCUUGCUGCAUUCAGCCCUUAUUUCCGGGUCAUGUUUACCUGUGGCCUGCGAGAAAGUGCAAACCGCCAGGUGGUACUGAGAGACAUGCCAGCUCAAAGCUUAGGCCUCUUGCUGGAAUACAUGUACAGCUCCAAGCUUCCACUUUCCCCAGACAAUGUACAGGGUAUCUCAGUUGCCGCAUUCCUCUUGCAGAUGGAUGAUGUCUUUAGCCGCUGCCAGAUCUAUAUGACGGCCAACAUGGAUGCCUCCAACUGCCUUGGGAUCUUUUACUAUGCUCGGGAUUUGGGGGCUGAAGAAUUAGCAGACCAGGCUCAACGUUACCUUCGACAGCACUUCACAGAGGUGUGUCACAGCGAGGAGGUGUUGGAUUUGGAAGCCUAUCAACUUGGGGCAUUGCUAGCUUCAGAUGAUCUUAAUGUCACCCGAGAGGAAACCAUUCUUGACCUAGUGAUGCAGUGGGUGAAACAUUGCUCAAUUGCUGUAAGUCUGGGGAAAGAAAAUCGUGCCAGUCAGCUACCAGAACUUUUACAGAAGGUACGCCUUCCACUGGUGAGUGUAAGCUACCUGAAGGAGACAUUGCGCCGCAACACAGCACUGCUGGCUGAUGCAGAAUGUCUGCAGAUGAUGGAGGAUGCAAUUGAAGCGGCAGGUCUGCAUCCAGAGGCUCCAGCACGACGACUGAAGCUACGUUAUGGCAUGGAAACGACCGAUCUACUGCUAUGCAUUGGCAAUGAUAAUGGAGGAAUACGUUCACGUUACGGAAGCUAUUCAGACCGCAGCUUCUGUUAUUCUCCCAAAACUGGGCGAACAUUUUUCAUCACUGCUCCUCGAUAUGCUGAUGCCCUUGGAUAUGUAUGCACUGGAGUUGUCACUGAAAACAAUGACAUUAUUGUUGCAGGCGAGUCAGGGCCACGAAGAUUGGCAAGACAAAAGGAGAAGAAUGUGGAGAUUUGCAAGUAUAAUGAAGAAGCUCAGGGUAGUUGGAAGCACCUUUGUUCAGCAGAAUACCGUGACUCAUAUGCCCUGAGUUCCCUGGGAGAUAACCUGUAUCUAAUAGGGGGCCAGAUGAUGCUGAAGAAUCAGUAUCUCAUCACCAACAGUGUUGCACGUUGGUCUUUACAGGGUGGCCCUUGGCGCAGUGCUGCUCCGUUACCAAUGCCCUUGGCCUAUCACAGUGUAGUCCGGAUUAAAAACUGCCUUUAUGUGCUUGGGGGGAGGACUCCACAGGUUAAAACAUAUCAUGUGGAUGAGGAGCCUGACCGUAUGAGUAACCGCCUACUUAUGUAUGACCCAGAGAACAACAAGUGGGAUGAGCGCUGUCCUAUGAAAUAUUCCAAAUAUCGCUGCAGUUCAGUGGCUCUCAAUGGGGAGAUUUAUGUUAUAGGUGGCAUUGGGUGUGAGGGUGUAGAUCGUGGACAGUCACGUCGCUGUCUUGAUGCAGUAGAAAUCUACAAUAUUGAUGGGGAUUUCUGGAGAGAUGGCCCUCCCUUACCAUGGCCACUUUUAUCACUACGGAGCAAUGCACCAAACGCUGGGGAAGUGGAUGGCAAACUAUAUAUCUGUGGAUACUAUAAAGGAGCAGACCGCCAUGACAUCAUCACUAAGGAUAUCCUACAGUUGGAUCCAUGGGAGAAUGAGUGGACGGUGGUGGUUAAACAGGCUGUUAUGCACGACAGUUAUGACGUGUGUCUGGUGGCGAACCUUAACCCGCGAGGACUCAUGCCCCCUCCAGCUGACUUGGUGGAUGAAUAACAAAAACUAUGACAGAGUACUAGAGAACAUGACAAUGUUUUAUCAUAUUAGGAUCAAUAUAGAAAAAAACAGUUAGGAAGAUAAAGUUACAACUGUUCAAAUAUUCAACAAAGGAUUAUUUGAUUAUUACUACAUACUAAAUAAAUCUUGUGCAUAUCCAAGCCCCUGUUUCAAAUAUUGUUUACCUUUUCUUCAUUGUCCUUCAUCUCUCUACAGGUCUGGCUCUUCAUCAGUUCAGUCUGAUUUGCUAUGCUCUCCUUAAUUGUGGCAAAAUUAUCCUGAACUGCAAUACAAAAGAUAUUAACAUAAAAUAAUGGAAAUAUACUG